GCGGCCCAUGUGUGCAGCAGGCAAGGGGAGCACCUGCCACGGGUCAUCCAGGCCUUCUCCAGCUACCUCUCGACAUGCCAGAAGGAAAGCCCAGACUGCAGCUCCUUGGAGCAGUGGCUGGGCAGCUGCUAUGGCUUCCUGGCUGCGGUGGCACCGGGGGAUGUCUGGGUGUGCAGGCUGCAGGCAGCUCACCUCCUAAAACAGGGCAAAUUCCAGGAGUGUGUGGCCUUUUGUACCAAGGCCCUCAAGGGCUUCUCAGCUGGUCAGCUCAGAGAUGAGGCGGUUUUGGGUCUGCUCUUGGAACGGGCUGCUGCCUAUUGCUCCCUGGGUGGAUGGAUGCAGGAAAUGAUGCAGGAUUUAGCAGAAGCCUUUGCUGCAAACCCUGCCCAGGCCAGGAGACACUUUGAAGAGCUUUUCUCGCCCUGUGACACCGAGAAGAUUGAAGAGCAGGCUAGAACUGUCCUGGAGGGGAAGUUUGCAGCGUACAGGGAGGCCGUGCGUGCUCGCACCGAGCUCAGGGGCAAUCGUGGGGCUGAACUGCUCCCUCCUGUUAUCCAGAUGAUCCAGCUCCUCCUGCAGCUCUGCCCGGGGUCCCAGAGGGAGCUCAGUGUCCGGCUGGCAGACUGCCAGCUCCUGCAGGGCCACCCCGAGGCUGCCCUGGGCAUCUGUGACCAGCUCCUGGCAGCGGAGCAGAGAACUUACCACAACACCCUGCUGGCACUGCGAGGGUUCUGCUCCCUGCACGCCCAGGACCACCAGCAGGCCCUGCAGGACUUUCAGAAGGUCAUUGAGCACGAUUCCCCACAUCCCAACAGCUGCAUUAAAGCCUUGUGUGGCCGUGGGCUCGUCCGCAUUGCUGGUGGCAGCUCUUACCUGACAGCCCUGGAUUACAUCACAGCCUGCCAGUUAAAGCUGGAAGAAACCAUCUUCACCAUCAAGUCCUAUGUGCCAUGGAACCAAAGGGGACUGCUGCUGAAAGUUCUCCAAGAGGAAGGACAGAGGAUGCUCCAGAAGAAGAGAGAUGCCCCUGGGGUUUUCCAGCUGGCCUGUCUCUUGGUGGAGCUGGACACUGCUGAUGAGGCCUCCAGGAUCCUCUGUGCUGACGCCCUGUACCAGAUGGGCCGUGCAGAAGAAGCCCACAGGCUGCUCUCGCUGGCCCUCUCCAGAAACCCCCAAAGGGCUCCUGUCCUGGCCAGGCUGGCACUGCUGCAGCUGAAGAAAGGGUUUGUGUGUGAUGGAAACCAGCUGCUACAGAGAGUGAUCAGGACUGGAGAUACCUCCUGCCUCCUGCCCAUCAUGGACAUUUUCCAGGCUGAGGACAGGAAGCUGAUGCAAACCCACUGCCAUUUCCAAGCACUGGCCAUCCUGGAGAGCCAACAGGAGGAUGUUCACAUCAAAGAGGCCAUUGCCUACCUGUCCUGUGCAAUUAUUGCUGCAGGUGGUGGUGCUGGGGAUUGUCUCCUCAGCAGGGCUCGGUGCUAUGGGCGCCUGGGGCAGAUGAAAACUGCUAUUUUUGACUUCAAUGCCAUCCUGAAGGAGGAUCCCAGGAACGUGCAGGCUCUGAGCGGCCGAGGGUUCGUGUUCCUCGCUCUGAGGCAGCAGAAGGAGGCAGUGCAAGAUCUGAUCUCAGCACUGAAGGUGGAGGCAGGAGCAGUGAUCCCAGCAAUCCUGUCCCUGAAGGGUGAAGCCCAAGAGCUGCUCACUGGGUGGCUCCUCCAGCACGGCAGGGCUGCGCUGACCCAGCUCGUGGCCACCAGAGACACCUCAAAGGGAGAAACCCUCAGGGACCUCCUGGUGAUUGCAAGAGCACUGAUCAGAAUCUGCAAGGCUGCACAAUAUCACAUCUUCUACACAGAUGUUCUGAUUGCAAGUGGGAGGUGUGAGGAGGCCCUGACCCACCUCCAGGCAGCCUUUGGCCACUGCCCCACUGAGGACUCUGCCAGGGCACGACUGGCUGUGCUGCAGCUGAAGAGGAGCAACGUGGCAGGAGCAGCUCACUCACUCAGUGCCCUGGCCCAGAGAGAUGAAAGGGAGCUGGAAUUUCUCCUGAGCUUCGUGGACACCAAGCAGCAGCAGCAGCUCGCUCAGGUGGCUGCCCAGCAGGGCCAGGUGCUGGUGGAAGGGCAGCAGUACGAGAAGGCCCUGGGGUUCCUGUCCCUGGCCGUGGUGGCCGGCGGGGCCUGCCCGCGCUCCCUGCGCCGCAGGGCCAAGUGCCUCGGGCUGCUGGGGCAGCACCAGCGGGCCCUGGCAGACAUGGACACCGUGAUCCGGGGGCACGGCGGGCACAGCCCGAGGACACGAGCGCGGGAUCUGUGCUCCAGGGGCCUGCUGCUGCUGGCCGCGGGGCGGGAGGAGGCGGCAGUGCAGCAGUACGUGCAGGCCCUGCAGCUGGACCGGCCCGCGGCCCUGGGCAGCAUCGCGGAGCGCCCCGGCAGCCAGGCCUUGGCCAGGGCCUUCCUCAGCAUCGCCCAGCACAGCUUCCAAACGCGGCGCUACCAACAGGCCUGGGAGGUCACCGACUGCGGGCUGCAGAUUGAUAAAAACCCCGAGCUGCAGAGGCUGAGGGCGAGGCUGAGGCGGGAGGCGUCGGGCUGCAGCAUCCACUGAUCUCCCUGCUCGGGGAUUUUCCGCUCUCCGGUUGCUGCGUGGUUUGUUUGUGAGGCUGCAGGAGCGAGGGAAAGACGAGGAGCUCGUGAUAAAUAUGUGACAGAUGUGACGCCGAGCAGGAUGAGAGAAAUAGAAAGUUUCAGGUGGUGAAGCAAAACUGACCAAGAGAGCCAUGGGGGGAAAAGGGAGUUGCAGUAUUCAUAGUUCUUUAAAAUUAUUUAUUGUGCGUUAUGCAAACUCCCCUUUGGGAAGAAAGCUUUCUUCUGGCUAAACUGAACUAACUCUAACACAGGUGUUCCAGUCCUAGUGAAGGAAAUCAUUCAAAUGGCUUGCAGCUUAUGAAUAAUCAUGUAUUUCCAUGACAUCUGAUUAGCUCUAACACAUACUAUUCAGUUAAGUGGCUUUAUUUUUACAAGCCAGUCAAAAAGAUCAGUCAAAAAUAACUUUUGUCAUGUGUUUGUGGAGGACCAUGUGUGUAACACCCCUCUCCUGACCCACUCCUGGAUGGAAGGCUCUGCCCUUGUCAAAGUGCAGUGGAUUUGCACUGAUCAGCACCAAUAUUGGGCAGUGGAGCAGCACAGAUGCCAAGUAAACUGUUUUACUGGCCCAGAGAACAGUAAAGCAAUAGAUAAUAUGAAGGAUGAGACUCAACAGAGAUGAGAUAUCCAGUCCUGGGAGUGCUGCCCUGUUAUCUGGGGCACACAGGCAGCCAGACUCCAGACUUCACCUGGGCCUGCCAGAUCCUGUGUCUCUGUUUGCCAGAGUAGAUAAUGGGAAUAAUCUCUCUGUAGAGGUGUUUGCCAGAGGUGCUAAACACCAUCCUUCACACUCCUGGAUAUUCAAGCACCAAAGCUGGAGCAUGAACUCACCAGGAAUGGUCCAUGUGCAGCAGGAGCUGGGGCUGGGGGCAGCAGCCAAGGUGCUGCUGCUGGGACUGCUCUCAGUGCUGCAGCACUCCCCCAUCCCUCCCCAUCCACAGGGAACAGCACAGGAAUCAGCCUCUGGAAUGCUCAGAAGGGGGUUGCCUGCUGUCAUGUGUCUGGUUUCGUCACAGGUGGACUUGGGAGCACCCCAAAUUUAGUGCUGGCACAUCCAGGGGGUUCACCUGUGCGAGGGGGACCCUCAGCUCAGGAGGGUUCCCACAGAGGAAACAAGGUGGGACCCAAAACAACCACCUCCUCUGUUUGUUUUGGCUUCUCCGAGUGACUUCUCCUGAUGUUUUUGGAGUGUGAUAAUAGGACCACGGAGAAAAACAGAAACUACUAUUGAAAACAAAGAUCAAAGCACUGCUGAGAACUGCUCUCCUGCUUUGAUUGGGAUGAAAGGGAGAGUGAGCCUUUUCUUUUUAUUUAUAUUGUUGUCUCAAGGGCAACAAUCCAGUGAAACUUCAUUCGGCAGCCAUGCAAUCAACCCCAGAGCACUGACAUCAUCUGUAACCUUCCAUCUCCCUUCUCAUUUUCCCUCUCUGCAUGUUCCUUUUCUGCCCUAAGAGCACAGCUGAGACUGGGCUUCUUUCCCUUCAAAUUCAAGAAGAGUUACUUUGAUUUUAAUCCCAGUGACACUGAUGAGUACUUUUCCCCCUGUUUGGCAGCAAGAUGCUAUUGUUUCCACUUCUUUCUGAUUGAAGAAUCUGGCUAAAAAACCCUGCAUUGAUCAUUUCUGUAGGUUUCUUUAAUGUUAAGCUGCAAUUCGUGGAGAUUGUGGAGCUGCUUCCAACUGCUUUGAGAUCUGUCCCUCACUCUGUGCAUGCAGCCCAUGGCUGAAUACUUCAAAGAGGGAAUCUAUAUAGAGAGUCUCUUUAGUGCUUUAGGACAUACCCUUAUGGCUUGGUGCUGUAAAUGCUACAAAACUGUGAAGAAUUCAAAUAUAUUUAUGUGAAUCAAGACGAAUGUAAUCAGGAAGAGACUGCAGCCUAACAACUAGUGAAACUGGAUACCUGUUUGCAAUCCAGCUUGAAGCUACAGCCAUCCCAAGGAAAGGUUAAAUACCUGUAGCUUAUUCAACUCAGACCUCUAUACAGACACUAACAAAUAAUUCUUCUCUCUCCAUGAAUUUUGUUCCUUUAAAGUAUCCUGCAACCUUAAAACACAGAGGACUUCGUUGUGCAUCGUCACCAGGUAAUGAAUAACGAAAGAAAACUGAAACCAUGGCUCAGAAUGCUCCUACACAAACAGCUACCUGCCAGUUCUGCCUCUCUGAAGUAUCCAACAUUCCUUCUAAGCACAGAAAAGGAAAAUCAAGUGUGAGAAUAUUUGCAUCACACAGUCAGAUGAGUAAAGUUUCCUGACCUCAUGCUCUGCAGUCCAGCAGGCAAAGAACAGCUUAGAAAUGAUGGCAAAGUGUUUGGAAUCAACUGUUCGACUGGAAGCUGUUCCUCGAGUUCAGGCAGAGCUAAACUUUGAGCUUUUGUGACCUCGAAAGGUUUCAUUUCCUCUAAAAUCCUGUCGCUCCCGUUUAUUUUUCCCAUCUCACUUGGUUAUGUGCUCCCGGGUGCUGAGAGAGUCUGAACAAUCAGCCAACUUCUGCAACUGCUUUAGAAGCUGACACAUCUCCUGGGAAUUCGUCUUCCUGACUUUCAGCCUGAGCCCUUGUGCUCCCCAGCCCUGUGGAAGUGUGGCCCUGGCUCGGGCCAAGCAAACCCAGGGCUGUUAAUGAGCUUCCCGGUGCCCGGGUGAGGACACUGCACUCCACUUGCAGAGGGAGAUGUUUCACUUUAAUGACAGCUAAUCCAAAAGCCAUUUCUUUCACUAUCAUUUCCCUGCAGAAGAUGGACUGUGUUAUCAUGGCCCUGCUGCUGCACUGAGCCAUUUCCAAUUUGCCAGAGCUCCGAGGAGCCGCUGCCACCAUCAAUUUGAUGUGUGACAUGGAAUUAUCACUGCCAGGGUGUUCUGCCUUUGCAGCCUUGGCUAUUUCAGCUGUGUUUCAGAUAAACUGGUCUGUGCUGGAAUCUGCUGGUUCAGUUGGCCAUUUCUCAGUGGCACCUGAAGAAAAAUGACUCAUUAUUUAGCAGGCACAGCAUCCCAAAACUGUGGGAUUCAGAAGACUCUUUCUCCUCCCGCUCCUGCUGCAUGUUCCAGGAGUGACUUUUUCUGCAGGAUGCCAAGGAAUGCUGCAGAGCUCACCUGUGUGCAACUCUGACACCCCAAGCAGAGGAGCAUUGGUUUAUUUGCUCCCAAAAGUGCCUGGAGGGUGGAAGGCAGACAGCUGAUAUUGGUGGCUGUGGCACUCAGAAGGUGGGGAUGUAUGAGGGCAGGGGAGGAAGGAAUUGCCACCCAAAUGGUGAGGUUAGAGAACAUGAGCCAGUCCCAAAGUAUGGCAGCAGAGAGUGGAAAAACCAGCCAUGAUUAGUGAUGUUAUUUUUGGUUUCUCACUGAGAGAGGGACAAAGGCCAGUCCUGGUCCUCCCUGGUGUCACAGCCUGGUGCCACCGACCCCAUGGGUACCACACCUCGGGUCAAGUGUGGAACCUACACACCUGAGACACUUGUAACCAUUUCAUUUUCAGUUCUCUUCCCUUCCAGAGUUUAUCUUGGGCAUGUGAUGCGUGGCCAAAACCUCCCUGAGGCUCUGGCAAGCCCACCCCGUGUUCCUGACAGCCCCUGAGGACCUGUCCUGUGUGCAGAGCAAACCCUGCCACCUCAGCUGUGGCUUUGGGGUCGGCUCACCACCCAACCCAAUCAUUUCUGUGUCUGUGUGCUCCCUGCACAAUCCCAAAAAGCCAGGAGCUGCAGAGAAUAAACGAGCACAGGAAUUUCCCCGGGGACUGUAAAGGAAAUGAAGAGCAGCGUCUGAUAAUCAGUUUGUGGGGCUCGUUCUGAGCUGUGUCACAGUCAAUGAGAAAAUGUAGCUGCAAAGCCAGAGGGGGGUUGUAGGAGGGAGCAGGAAGCACAGGAGGAUGUUAAUGAUCCCAUUCCAGUCCUUGCUUUCCAUUUUGUUGUGCCCCUCAGUUGUGCUUCCCUCUCCAGGUCAGUGCUGCAGGUGCCCAGCACCAGACACCAACCACACCUCACCCAGUGUGAGGGACAGGGACCUCCAGCCACGAGGGAGCCCCGGGUUUGGAUCCAGAUCAGUAGUGGAUGAAAUGAAAAACUGACAGGGAUUAGUAUUUUCCCACUUAAAAUGACCAUCUCACUGAGCAUCUUGAUUGCUUAGAAAGCUCAGAUGUCCCAUUAUGAGACAUUCCAACCCUGGUAAUACACUCACUGUGUUCUCUAGAACUCCCAUUAAAAUCCUAAAUGAUUAGGAACACCUCUGAGUGCCUGUCACGGUGUAGGGUUUGUUCUUUCACUGCAGAGUUUAACAAUAGGGACAAUUAUACCCUGCCAUUUUCUUAUUUUUUGCAGCCUUGCCAACAGUAUUCUUGCAAUGUUGUUUCUUUUCUUCUCAUGCAUCAUUUGUCCAUUCUUGGGCAAUAAAACCUGCUUACUGAAGUAAACAGGUAAUUAGCCAUCUACAUAAAUUACCCCGUGUCUGCACUAUUAAUGUGUUUGGAUGUUUUAAUUGAUUGCAUUCUCAACUGGUUUGGAUGGCUUAAAUGCCAGCUAAUGCAAUCCAAUUAAGUCCACUAAUAAACCUGACUGAUGAACUGCAAUAUAAUCACACAUCAAGCAGAGAUGUAGGGGAAAAUGCCACAAAACUGACAGUUUAGAAUAGACUGUGUCACUUUGAAAGAUCCAAAUCACUUCUCAACAGGGAAACUGGGAAAAUCAACUCUAACUGGUGCUGGAGUUGGUCUCCAAGACCUGACCCAACACACCCUUUAAGCCAAUUUCUCUCCACUAAACAUUUUUGAUAGAAUCACAGAACAGCCCAGGUUGGAAGGGACCUCAAAAGAUCUCAUGAGCCAACAUCUUGUGGGAAAGGGAGCCCAGAUGAGAUGACCCAGAGCCCUGCCCAGGUAAAUCCUGUAAACCUCCAGGGCUGGGGACUCUGCCACUGCUCCAGUGAUUGAUUAUUCUCACUGAGUCAAAAAAACAAUUCUUUUUCAUAUCAAGAUGAAACUUCUCCCAGUGCAACUUGCACCUUUUGCCCCUUGUCUUCCCUGUGCAGCUGGAGAAGCAUCAGCUUGAUAAUUGUCUCUGGGGAGCAGAAGUGCAAAGGAAAUUUUAGGUGAUGUGUGGGCCUCUUGAUAAUAUUAUUCAAACAAAACUAAAUGAGGCAGCAGGAAGUUAAAUAAACUCAUACUGGGAAAUGAUGUGAACUUCCACUAGUGCCCCACAAACAACUUGCUUGAAGAUGGUGCAGUGUCUUUGUGUCAGCUCUGGGGGUCUCUUUCUAAGCCCAAACAGAGGUUGGGGAUUUAAUGGAGCAGUCUGUGUGAAAUUCUCUGCUCUGUUCUGCCAGAUGCCAGACAAGACAUAAUAGCUCCUCUGGCAUCAAUGCCUAUUAAUCUAAUCUUGACUUUGAUUCUCUGUGUGACUCCCUUUCAUCUGUAAAAUGGGGAUAAUGCUCUCUUUCAGACGCUUGUCAGCCCCUCGUAGCUCUGGGUACAGAGUGCUUUGAAGUUGACAUUAUUUGUACAUUUUACAGGAUUGUGACAGAGCUGCAGAUUGUCCCCAGCCCCUGUCUCAGUGGGGGCUGCUGGUGAAGGUCACCCCCUGCCCUGUGCCCUCACCCACUCGUGUGUCUGUGCAGCUCCCCUGGCACAGACCCUGGGCAGGGACAAGGGAACAUCCCACACACCCACUGCCUGCAUAGCUCUGCUCUGGUGGCAAUGGCAAGGGUUAGGGAAUAAUAAAGACAUUCAGGCACCUUGGACAGGCAGGGCCCUGCCUCUCUGAGCCCCAGAGCCUCUGCUGGACAAGGAAUACACACGUCCUUGAGCCCUGAGGGAACCACACACACCCCAACCAGUCCCUGACUGAAAACUCCAACCACAGAGGGGCACCUGGAAUCCAAAUCCCUCCCUGCUGGGCAGCCAGAUUCCUCUCUGCAUCUCCAGACCCAGCACCCACUCCUAAUCCCAAUUUCCAGGAGUGAUGGCCACAAACUAAAACACAACAAUAUAUUUCCUUGGAAACAGGAAUUCUUUCUGUCAUUUUAAAGGACCUAAACAGUGCAUUUAAUGGAACAGCUAAAACUUCUACGUGCUCAGUCAAUGAAAACAAAGUAAAAUAUCUUCAUUUUGUUUGUGAUCUGUCUUCCUGCACAGCAAAACAAGGCAAAAAAAUACACCCUUUAA